AUGUCGGAGCUUUCCAUGGGUGCCACCAUGCACUCGAGUGAGGCCUCCCCCGAGAUGCGACACAUCCGGGUCCUGGAGAAUCGCCUCGACAAGACGAUGAUCAAGUACAAUGAGGCGCAGAGCAUUCGCAAGACCUACGAGGCCAUCGUUCGAAGGCUCAAGGAAGAGCGCAUGGGUUUCGAUAACCAGCUGGCCGGCAUCGAGCGGACCUUGAAGGCCAAGGAGAGGGACUACGAAGAGCUGCUCCUCUUGUCCCAUGAUGCCUACCAUGCCAAGGAGAUGGCGCAGGCAGAGCUCCAUCGAUUCGAGCAGGGGGUCAUGGAGGAGAGGAACCAGCGCGACAAAGAGGUCCAAGAGAAGAAGGCCUUGGUGGAACAGCGUGUGGAGAUGAACAAGCGCCUCGAGAUGCGCGAGCGCAUGCAGAGGCAGCAGCAGCAGGAGAUUGAAAGCAAUCAGAAGAGAGAGGCCCGCGACCUCCCUGCGGUGGACCAAGGAGGCUCCCCCGGAGAUGUUGCAGAGGAGGAGCAGAAGAUCCAGCUCUUCAUCCAUGCCUUCAAUCAGAUCAAGGAGGCCACUGGCGUGAAUGAUCCCAACGAGAUCAUCCAGAAGUUCCUCACGCAGGACGAUACUCAGAAGAACCUCACCCAGCUCACCAAGGACAACCACAGCACCAUCGAGAAGCUUCAGGAGGAGAGGCGCGAUCUCCGAUCGAAGGUCGAGGAGCUCAAGUUCUCCAACGGUGGCGGCGGAGCACGUCGUCAGGCCAUCGAUGACUUCGAGACCCACCUGGGAGAAGCCACAGAGAAGUGCGAGCGCAACCGUGGCAAGUAUGAGCGCCUGGCUCGGAUGCUCAUUGAUGUGAAGGCUGGCAUCAGUCAUUUGGCCGAGAAACUUCAGCCCAUCAAGCUGGAUGGAGAGGUGACUCAGCCGAUGGAGAUGAGCGAUGAGACCGUGGAAGAGGUCCUGCAGGAGUGUGAGAAGAAGAUCUCCAAGCUCUUGGGCCUGACGGCUCGCUUCGAGGAAGUCAGCGAACACCAGCGUCAAAUCGACGAGGAACGAUAUGAAGAGAAGCUGAUGAUGAGGAGCCAGUCAGAAGCGAGAAUCAAGCUCACAGACAAAGAGGAGGAUAACGAGGACGAUGACGACUUCGAAGAGGAGAUGGAUGAAGAUGUCUUCAGCCGCAAGCAGGCCAUCCAAAAUAGCGAGCAGAUCCUGGAGAAGCACCAGACAAAGAACCGGCAAAAGGGCAAGGGCAAGAAGAAAGACUAA